AUGUAUCACUCUACUGCUACCACAUUACAAAGCCAAUCUGCAGAUGAUGCCAGUAUCCGUAUAUUUAGCCCCAUCAUCUUAUUUCAUGAUGCAAAGGCAGCUGAGUACUGUAGUGAUAAUCAGCUGAUUGAAUUGAAAAAGCAAAAGGUGGAUGCAAUGCUGAAAACAAAUGUUCAGUUUUGGAGUAAUGUCAUUCAGAAUACCAGACGUCAAGACUUGUCACCACCCGAAACACCCCCUCCAUGUAGUCAAUACAUGCCAACCUCACCCACCUCAUCAAGCUGCUCAUCACAUAAAUGGUAUUCUGCACCACCUCACCGCCGCCGCAGUCGCCAAAGACACCACCAACGUCAUCGCCGUCAGGAACAAAAUGAAGAAGAUGCAGAAGAUGAAGAGCACGAUGAUGCAGAAGGAGAAGAGGAGGAUGAAAUUGACGAAAUCGAAGACAGCGAAUCCGAGAAAGAGCAACAUGUCAAACCAAAAGGCCGAAAAUCUGUCCAGUCUAAUACAGGCAACAACAAGGCAAAGGUUGCCAACAACAAUGGUAGAAGACGACGAGGCAAUCUGCCAAAGAGCGUAACAGCCAUACUAAAGCAAUGGCUUAUUGAUCAUAGCCGACAUCCAUACCCAACCGAAGAGGAGAAGCGCGGGUUAAGGAUCAAGACCGAUCUUACUUUGAAUCAAAUUAGUAACUGGUUUAUCAAUGCACGCAGACGCAUUCUGCCGUUGAUUGUAUCCAAUCCUCCAAAUGCAUUUGUCCAUGAAACUACUGAAGACAUCAAGAAAAGAGCAAGCAAGAAGAGAAAAGCAUCUUGGACAUCUGAAGGUAGACCCUAUUGCCCAAUUGUGAAAGGAGUGCCAUCAAGACAGCCAGGAUUUGCCUUUCAUGCUACCACUUGUUCGGAGAUGAGAUAA